UCACGGAGGGGAGGGAGCAGCUUUCAGGAGUCGGGCUUUUAUUUCUACUCGCUCUGUCUCUUUUCCUUGGGAACUCUGCUCCCAGCACAGCUCAGCUCUGGGGACCAAGAAGUGGUUAGCUGGAGGGGACAGUGUUCUUUCAGGCUGUUUUGCUGAGCUUGCCUGUCUUCACUGCGUACAGUCUCUGGUUCCUGGCUUUCAGAUGAUGUCCUGGCAGGAGAAGCGCGAGGGCCCCUUUCCAUGUCUUAUCCAGCGACUGGAUCAUCUGGUGCUGACUGUGAAGAACAUUGAGGACACCGUAGGCUUUUAUUCCAAAGUCCUGGGUAUGGAAGUGGUCACUUUCAAGGGCAACCGGAAAGCACUACGUUUUGGGAACCAAAAGUUUAACCUCCACGAGGCUGGGAAGGAGUUUGAACCCAAGGCUCACAGACCAGUUCCUGGUUCCAUAGACGUCUGCCUGAUCACAGACACCUCGCUAGACCAGCUAGUGGGACACCUGAAGGCCUGUGGUGUGACUAUUGAAGAAGGCCCAGUGCCCAGAACCGGUGCCAUUGGGCCAAUCACAUCCAUCUACUUCCGAGACCCUGAUGAAAACCUGAUUGAGGUUUCCAACUACCGCACUGACUUGGCUGUCGACAGAGUGAAGCAUUAGUCACACUCCUUUUUCCAUCACCCCCCAACCCCCUCAACACUAGAGGCAAGCAGAGGAGGCCGUGAUUUUGCUUUGUUCAUUUGCAAUGUAUUGUAGGAUGGGGUUUGGGGUUUGCAAACUGAGAACACAUCAGCUUGUGUCUAUGUCCAUUCUGCCAGGCUCCUGAUAUAGUGGGACAUACCAGGCUUCAUCCUCAAAGGAAACCUGCACAACACAUGGGACCUUAAAUUCAUAACUCUGCUAGACACUGAAAAAUCAGGGCUGAACAGAGACACUGUAUUUAUGGCUUAUUACAACAAUCUGCUACCCAUUAACCCCCCCCCCACACACACACACACACACUCUUUGUCCUAUGACUGCAGAGGUGUUAACGGGCCACUCUAUCUUGAAAGGUCCCUUGCAAUAUGUGCUAACUACUUAUGCUAAACAAUCUGUUCCACUGUUCAUUUUGCUGUGAAGCUGGGAGCACCUUUCUCAGCCCUGAAGAAGAGCUCUGGGUGGCUUGGCAGCCUGUCUCUCCCACCAACAGAAGUUUUCCUAGAUGGUAAAUUCUCUGGGACAGGGACCAUCUUUUUGUUCUGUGUUUGUACAGCACCUAGUGCAGUGGGUCCUGAUCCACGAAUGGUGCUUUGAGGCACUAAUGGAGUGCAACUAAUAAAGCAAUAAUCAUUAAUAAUAAGUAGGGCCCCACCAAAUUCAUGGUCCAUUUUGGUCAGUUUCACAGCCAUAGGAUUUUAAAAAUCGCAAAUUUCAUGAUUUCAGCUAUUUCAAUCUGAAAUUUCAUGGUGUUGUAAUUGUAGGGGUCCUGACCCGAAAAGGAGUUGUGGGAAGGGGGGGGGUCACAAGGUUAUUGUAGGGGGUGUUGCUGUACUUUUACCCUUUCUUCUGCGCUGCUGCUGGUGGCGGCGCUGCCUUGAGAGCUGGGCAGCUGGAGAGCGGCGGCUGCUGGCCGGGAGCCCAGCUCUGAAGGCAGUGUAGAAGUAAGGGUGGCAAUACCAUGACUCCCCCUCCCCCCCAAAAAAAUAACCUUGUGACUCCCCUGCAAUUCCCUUUUGGGUCAGGACCCCAAUCUGAGAAAUGCUGGUCUCCCCUGUGAAAUCUGUAUAGUAUAGGGUAAAAGCACAGAAAAGACCAGAUUUCACGGUGGGAGAUCAGAUUUCACGGUCCAUGACUUGGUUUUCAUGGCCAUGAAUUUAGUAGGUCCCUAAUAAUAAGGGCAAGAGUAUAGGAAAAUCAAGUAUGAAUCAACCACUAGAUGGCAGCAUUGCUUAAUGUGGACUCUGAAAGUGACAAUAGCUGCUGAGCUAGCUGGAGACCAGAAUCAGCCCAUCAGAGGAAAUUAUAUACGGCCAGAUCCUCUGUUGCUGUAAUUUGAUGUAGCUCCAAAGCAGGAUCUGGCCCAUUAACUGGUCUGCAUGGCUCAGGAUACGGGCUGGAUGGACCUGGGAUAUGGAGCUUUUCCUCUUGGUUACUCUUUCAACUCCAUCCCAUUACUGAAUGCUGUUUGGUUGUGUAUAUCGAAUGCUUUGGUGGAUCUCCGAUCUGUUCCCUUCAGAUGGGAGAGACUGCACGGAAAGUGUCCCUGAGACAGGAAACUAUUGCUUCCUGCUGCUCAAAUCCCCACAAGGUAAGAGAAUCCCUCCCUGGAGGAGAUUUACAGUGGCACAUGGCAGUACAGAGAUUGCAUGCCAGACCGCCCUGGUUGGGAGACCAGGUUUCAAAGGGUAAGUAAGUGGCUGACUUGGUUGAUAUGUAGAGGCAUGAAGGAGAAGGAGAUAGGUGAAGCAUGGAAAGGAGGGUGUUUGCUUCAAGCAGAGCAGUCUCUAUUUAAAAUAAAAAGGACUGGCAGUGGUAGCAGGGAAAGGAAGACCUGAGGAUUGGGAAGAGCACAGAGAACGAGAGCGGGUGUUGGGGGAGGAGAACAUAAACAAGGCCUCCAAGGAUUGGCUGGGCCUCUCUUGCUGCCUGGGAGUGAGACACUGAUAGAAAGUGCUCAGAUCUCCCUGGUAGGACAAGAGCAGGGGCCUCAAACAAGUGUAUGCUUAGUGACAGCCACUGCCACAUGCAAAAUCUGAGCCCCCAAGGCAAGAUUUCAGGUUCAGAGGGAAUCAUCAGCCUUGUCAGGCUGAAAGGAAAUUGCUAAAAUUCUCAUUUUGGCCUACCAAAAACAAUUAUGCCCAACUUGGCCUGUUCAUUAGUCUCUGCUCGUGACAGGCUUGGUGCUGGAAUAGCAGCAGGUGCCUGAGGCCAGGACCGAGGUGCAUGGCAGCUUUUGGGGGGGAAGCACUUCAAUGGUCAGGGUGGAGGUGCACUGGCAGAGCUGUGUGAGUGGAGCCCAGGGCUGGAAGAGCAGAGGGCGCUGCAGAGUACAGCUGUGUGGGAAGCUUGCAUGUCCCCUCGCCAACCUCUGCCUGACUCUAGCCAGCACUAAUGGUCCUUUUGUAUGAGCAUUAACUUCAGAGAUAAGGUGAGCGAAGAAAUACCGUUUAUUGGACACUACUUCUGUUGGUGAAAGACACAAGCUUUCGAGCUCCACAGUACUCUUCUGCCUGUCUGGGAAAGGUAAUCAGAGGGCAUGCCUACAUUACAAAGUUAAGUCGAUGUAAGGCAGCUUAUGUCGACCUAACUAUGUAAGCAAUGUGUACACAUUACCAUGUUCCUCCCGCCACUGUAACCAGGGGCAGUGAGUUGUAUGGGCCCGUGGUGUCCGGGCUCCAACAAAUUCAGGGCCCGGGGGGCCUGGCACCACCGAUGUUCGGGGCCGGCCUGCCCCUGUGCGCCUCCCCGGAGCGUCCCUGCCUGCCAUAGGCCGCGGGCAGCUGCCCCCUUCAGCUCUGCGCUGUGCUCCCUUGCCAGCUGCUGGGGGAGAGGCGCUGGGGGGCAGAGUGAGGCGGCUGCUGCGCCUGCAGAGGGAGGAGGGGAGGAGGUGCGUGGAAGCCACCCCCUCUCCCCCCCGGCAGGGGACUCAGAGGGGUUGAGGCUUAUCCUGGCUGGACCUCCUGAGAUGCAGCGGGGGGGGCCCUUGGGUGAGUGUUGUGCCUGGGGUGGGGGUGGGGAGGGGCCUCCUCCUCCCCCCCCAGAGCUCACUGCUGCCAGUGGGGAGAGGGCUGGGAGGAGUCCUCCUCUCUGGUCCCAGCCCUGGUGCAGCCUGCCUGCUGCACCCCAAACUCCUCAUCUCUGGCUCAGAUCCAUGCCUCGCACCCCCUCCCACCCCCCAACCCUCUGUCCCAGCCCAGAGCCCGCACCCCUCCUGCACCCAAACUCCCUCCCAGAGCCUUAGGUGGGGUGGGGGUGGGGGGAUGGGACUUGGACCCGUUCUGGGCACCACCAAAAAUUAUACAAACCUGCCACCCCUGACUGUAACUUGCCCGCUACGCCGGCCUAGUAAAGCCACCUCAGUGAGAGGCAUAAGGCUUAGAUGGACUUAGUUCAGGCGAUGCAGUGUCUGUAAAGACACUGCGUUCCUUGAAUUGCCCGUUGGCUGUCAGGGUGACUGACAGCAGGAGCUGUGAAACUGAGUGAGGGGCGGGCAUUCCAGCUGUGAGCCCCAGCAGUACCGACAGCUGGAACCUCACUGCCUAGCACUGAUGACCCAGGCUGUGGGCUUCCCACAGAGCUCCCAGCGGGAGCCCAGCUGCUCAAUACACAGAAGUGUCACAGCUAAAUACAAUGUUAAGCAUAAGGAGUUGCAAGAGACCAUUCAAGAUGGAGCAAGCAGUUAGCACCUCUGCAGUCAUAGGACAAAGAGAGUUAGUGGAUCACCAAUUGUUGUAAUGUGAGAUAUGUGUCUGUAUUGAGUCCCUGCUUUUUGGUGUCCAGCAGAGUUAAGAAUUUGACAGGUUUCAGAGUAGCAGCCGUGUUAGUCUGUAUUCGCAAAAAGAAGAGGAGUGCUUGUGGCAUCUUAGAGACUAACCAAUUUAUUUGAGCAUAAGCUUU